AUGACCCAGCCAACCUCACCUACAUGGCAUGUGAUGCCAGAUGGCACCCAGGUCUCGACAAUAGAUCGAGUUUGCAAAGAAGUACAAGCGCCAGCCCUCUAUCCCCCCACAGACGAGACAUUUUACUCACCUCAAGACCGUACCAAACCCAAUUUGCAGUAUCUGAAGCAACAUUUCUAUCGAGAGGGCCGUCUUACAGAGUCACAAGCAUUAUGGAUCAUUCAAACGGGCUCCGAGUUGUUGCGGACAGAGCCCAAUUUACUCGAAAUGGAUGCUCCUAUCACUGUAUGCGGCGAUAUCCAUGGCCAGUACUACGACUUGAUGAAGUUAUUCGAGGUUGGGGGUGACCCAGCAGAGACAAAGUAUCUCUUCUUAGGUGACUAUGUCGAUCGAGGCUACUUUAGUAUUGAGUGCGUGCUCUACUUGUGGUGUCUCAAGAUAUGGUAUCCCAACACAUUCUGGCUCCUACGAGGCAAUCACGAAUGUCGACACCUGACAGAAUAUUUCACAUUCAAAAUGGAAUGUAUACACAAAUACUCGGAACGAGUAUACGACGCCUGCAUGGACUCAUUCUGUGCGCUGCCGUUAGCCGCUGUUCUCAAUAAACAGUUCUUUUGUGUCCAUGGAGGGCUCAGCCCAGAGUUAUAUACUCUCCAGGAUAUUCAAGCUAUUGAUCGAUUUAGGGAACCCCCUAGUCAUGGCUUAAUGUGUGAUCUUCUAUGGGCCGACCCCCUGGAGAAUUUCGGUCAGGAGAAAACAGGCGAAUACUUUGUAAAUAAUCAUAUCCGAGGCUGCUCAUACUCCUUCUCCUAUUCCGCAGCAUGCAACUUCUUGGAAAAGAAUAACCUCUUUUCUAUUAUCCGUGCGCACGAAGCUCAGGAAUCUGGAUAUCGAAUGUAUCGCAAAGGCCGCACAACCGGAUUUCCCAGCCUUAUGACCCUCUUCAGCGCCCCUAACUAUGUGGACGAAUACAAUAACAAAGCCGCUGUGCUCAAAUAUGAAAACAAUGUUAUGAAUAUUCGCCAGUUUAAUUGCUCACCACACCCUUUCUGGUUGCACAACUUUAUGAACGUGUUUGCAUGGUCCCUCCCUUUUGUCGGGGAAAAGAUUACAGACAUGCUGAUCGCAAUCUUGAAUGUCUGCUCAAAGGAAGAGCUCGAAGAAGGAACGAAUGCUGGAACUCCUCCGUCAGUCUCGCCGGGUGUACCUGCUCUGCCGCCUCCUCCUAUCAUUGAACAGGACGAACAAACUGAACUCAGACUACGGACCCUCAAGGAGAAGAUCUUGGCUAUCGGUCGUUUGUCUCGAGUCUAUCACGUAUUACGCGAGGAAGCAGAGGGGAUCACUGAGCUCAAGAAUGCAGCUGGCGGACGACUUCCUGCCGGGACGCUGAUGCUGGGUGCUGAGGGAAUCAGGCAGGCUAUACACGAAUUCGAGGAUGUUCGAAAGAUUGAUUUGCGGAAUGAAAGAUUCCCACCGUCACAGGAGGAAGUCGCACGUACUAGAGAAGAAGAUCGGAGGGCAGCUCUUGAAAGGGCACUGCAAGAGGCGGAAAACGAUGCUGGUUUAGAUAUCGUUGCUCGAAAUAUCAGCAUGUGACUAUGAUAUUUCCUGAGCUUUGGAGG